AUACUUUGAUUUUACUUAUAUUAGAGGAUGUCCUAUAACAACUAUUCAGUAGUUCAAUGCUCGUUUGAUGAGGAGGAAUCGUAUCUUUGCGUACUGCCUUCUUCAUGGGUCGUGGAAAAAGGUUGGAACAAAGGUGUUCGUGAUAAAUUAACGGCAUUAGACGGAGGAGAUAUUUGUUACUGGCCGGCGAAAGCUGCUGGCUACCGAUUGCUGGAAAAAGCCAAGAAAACUACCAACAUAAGCAUCGACAAAAAAUUGCUUAUCCCUUACCGAUGCAAAAUUAAACGUAUUGGUUUUGAAACGUACAAUGAUGCAUGCAAAGAACAGAAGCUAAUGGAAAUGCACUCAGAUACAGAUAAUACCGUACCGAAAAAGCGUAUGAAUACUGAUACAAGAGCUGCAGAUAUGUUUGUGGAAAUUCUUGGCAAAAAACAAAAUGCCACACCAAGGGCAGAUUUAGUUCCGAGCUUAUCCACAGCUGCUGGUGAUCAAACACCAACGAAUAAAAGAUAUCUGGCGGAAGGACUUACUGACGAUUCAUUCAACAGUGAUUUGGACGGUUCUGUGCAGAACAAGCACAUCCCUCUUAAACAACUAUCUUUGCAACAAGGCAUCCUUCCAUCUCGCAAAGAGCCCGUUUCAGAUUCGCAAGAGGAAACCAUCACAUUGAGAUCACUGUUCGAACGAGUACAGAACUUGGCGACUCAAUUGGACCGAUGCUUGCUCAUGCUUUCACAAGUGAACGCAAAACUUGAUACAAUAGGCUCGCGUAAUCAUUUGGUAGAGCCUAAUAACGAAGAUCAAAUUGAAGUGAAACAAAAUGUACUGCAGCCUGUCACGAAUCUUGCCGAGUUGGAAGCCGUUGAUGAAAUGUGUAGCGAUGAUAGGUUCGUUGAGAGUGUAAUCAAAUCGAUGGGCAAAGUGCACGAUCGCCGAUUUUUACGGGACGUAUCAUGGACUGGUGUGAGCAAAACAAAAGAUAAACAUGGAAAACCAAAAACAAAGAUCGCUUUUUCUAAGUACAAUAAGUUUAUUGACGUUUUCUUCCAAACCGUUCUUAAUGCUGACGAGUUGUUCAGUUUGGAAGCUUGUCAUAAAUUCCUUAAGCAAUGCAUUCGAAAUUCAAAGCAGCGGCUUGAGGACAUAAAGCAAAUCCGCACUUCUGUAUCAAGAAAGAGAUGCCGGAAAAACGUGAGAAUGGAAGAACAAUUGGAAAAAAGAGAUGAUACCUCGGAAGACAGACCAAGCGAUGAUGAACUCGACAACAAUGCAUCUCAUCAGACAGAAGACCUUACAGAUUCUCAGGGAAUGAUAAUUGAAUUCCUGGAAGAGACUGUUCUCAAAUCAGAACCUGUAGUGGAGUAA